AUGACAGCCUGUGGCACUGGGGAGGGGUUUGGAGCAGUGACCUGGUGGGGGUUCAGCCCAGCAAUGGAUUUCCAAGGAAAAGGUUUAACUGCUUCAAUGAAGGCUCUGAGCUCAAAAGAUGAUAAUGUUCCUGAACUGAAUAUUCUCAUGGUUGGUGCUGGUGAUAGCCGACAUCUCUUAACAACUAUCUCCCGGGUUCACCGCUGGCCACGGAGAAAGAUUAAUUUCUACAUUGUGGAGAAUAACUUGGAGUUGAUAGGCCGACAUCUUCUUUUUCUCACUGUUGCUUUAGAACCUCCAGGACAGAUGGGUUUACAAGAAAAGAGUGAAUUCCUGCUUGAGUUGUUUGGUAAUAGUCUGAUACGGAGUCAGACUGCAGCCUACCUGCAGGACAAGGCUAACCUUUUCAUUCAAUACGUAACAGACCUUGAUUUUCUUCAUAAGAAACUGCCAAUGAUUGACAUGUCGGGCCUGAAGUUUAAAGAGAGAGAUCAGUUGGAAGCAAUUUUUAAAUUCUGGAGGAAUCCUGAUCAAAAGGUUUUUCAGAUCAGUCGGAUGUGGGAUUUACGAAACAGACAAUACUUGGGCAACCGAUACGACUCUAAGCAAGGAGUCUACGACUGGGACUUACAUAUGAAAUUGUAUGAUCGAGGGGCUCGUGUAAUAAACAAUCGACAAUACUAUCAGUGGAGAGAUAAAGGCUUGGCAUUUGAGGUUCGUGAGGGGUUGUAUGAUGUUCCGAACAAAUCGCUGGCUUCUGGGCUGCUUUUGAAUUACAAAGGGGAGAAGGUUCCUACCCGUGGUUACUGGGGAGAUAUUGUCACAAGCCCAUACAUUGCUUUUGGAAUUGAAACUGAGGAACAAUCUUUGCUGAAGACAGCAAAUGGCGCCCAUAUAAAGACAGCACAGGAUAUCUCUCAGUAUAACAUAACAGCCUUGCUCCAUGAGCUGGUUGCUAAGGAGAGAUAUGCACUGUUGCAACCAAUGGAACAGGCCACCUUGAGUGAGAUUACAGAAGAAGAGGAAAGCGAGAUGGAAAAUUACUCUUCUAACAUAAAGGAUAAAUCGACGCUUGCAAAUCAGCAGCCAGCGAUUGUGUUAGAGGAAGGAAUGGUGAAGCAAAACAAUGAGGUGGAUAACACAGGGUCCAGUGGAGGGAACGGUACUGCUGAAUAUGAUUACCUCCCCCUGCCUGAUGUGAAGAUUCAUUUCCUACCAGUAAACUGUGUAACAGAGCUUCGUAAAAAGAGCAUUUACAGUAAUCGAUUUAAUGUGAUCUACUUUUCCUGCGGUAUGAUUCACCAGCUAAUACCAGAAUUGAAGCAGAUCACUGCACCACAAGCAACUCUAAUUGUGGAAUUAACAAAAUUUAUGCUAGAUCUGCGGAAGGAACUGAUAACCAAGUUUGCCAACCGUGCAACCGAAAUGGCUAAGGAGGCAGGCUUUGUACCUUUUGGGAAUGUGGAUGACGAGAAGGACUCAUUUGCACGAUUUGAACUGAAGAGUGGACCAUAACUUUGAUCAUCCAGCGUGAGGGCAGAGGUUAGCUGAGUAAAACAGAGGCAGCAAACAUCUCUGCUAUCACGUACUGUUGUCCUGAUGCUUUUAAAAAUGGAGGUGAUGGCACUGGGACAUUCUAAUGGGAGCACAUCGGGUCUUAGCACAUGAACAUCAUUGUAAAACAACCAAUUGAACGGAUUAUAAUUUCAAGCUUGUGGUGCUGUGAUUGAAAAUUAUUAUUUACAAAAAUUUCUACAUUAAGAUUUAAAUU